UGGAAUUCAGGAAGCAAAGCUAUGUUUCCUAUUCCACGGUUUGUCGGUGCACUGCGACGCUCAGCCGCAGAAUUUAUUUUUUUAUUCAGAGACCCCAAAAAAAUUGGAAAAUGAUCAUCCUCCCGGCCAAGUUACUGAGGUAAUAUCCAGCCUUUUGUCUCCCUUGUGACCGGCCAAACAUCCCCAUGGCAUCCCCGAGGUGCGUUCAGGACCUUUCCACAGAGAAGGACAGUCUACUCUCUUCCAUGGGUCUCAGCUAUGGGUCUCAAGAUCUUCUUGGGCAUGGACCUAUGGGCUCCGAUCUCCACCGACAACAUGAGGAAGAGGAGGAAGAGGCCCUGAGAAGAAAACUAAAAUAUUUCUUCAUGAGCCCUUGUGACAAGUAUCACGCCAAGGGACGCAAACCAUUCAAGUUAGGCCUGCAGCUGCUCAAAAUCAUCAUUGUUACAGUGCAGUUGGUGCUGUUUGGCCUGAGCAACCAGAUGGUUGUGACAUUUAAAGAUGAAAACACGGCGGCAUUCAAACAUCUCUUCCUGAAGGAUUACCAGGAUGAUGCUCCUCAAGCUGUUCACACGCAGCAAGAACUGCACAGUCAUAUCAACUUUGCCAUUGAUCAGUACCUAGCUCUACCUCAAAUCUCACUGGGACAGUACGCCUAUGUACAAGGUGUCGGAGUCAAUGGAAGUGCACUCUCACUGUGCCAGAGGUACUACCGGAGUGGCACCAUCAUCCCUGUCAAUGACACUUUUGACAUCGAUCCUCAUGUUGUCACUGACUGCAUCGGACUGGAUCCGCCGACCUAUGGUUCUCCUCCUGAAAACAGUGACUACAAGAACUUCACUCUCAAUUUUUACAAGUUAGAUGCUAACUUAUUAUCUAAUUUUAUCGAUCAAAGGUUUGCACUGUUUGCAGUUUACUCACAAAUCUCUAUGAUGUAUUCAUUAAUCUCCAGGCUGAUCAAUGUAACGGUUGACUUCCAGCUGAAGGCUAUCAACAUUCAGACCAUCAUAAAUAAUGAGAUACCAAACUGCUACACCUUUGCUAUAAUGAUUCUCAUGGAUAACAGAGCUCACAGUGGCAAAAUUAAGAUCAGUUUACAGAACCAAGCCUCCAUAAAGGAAUGUAAGGACCCUAACGUGUCUGGACACGCUGAGAACUACGCCCGAGAGUUCUUUGACGUGUUAGUUGCACUUGUUUGUUUGCUUUCUCUGCUGCUGUGUGGACGCUCCAUCCUCAGAGGUGUCCUUCUGCAACACGAGUACGCACAGUUUUUCCAGACAAGACUUGACCGUGGUGUAAGCUGGGGAGACAGAAUGGAGUUCAUCAAUGGCUGGUAUAUUCUGCUCAUUGUCAGCGACAUGUUUACCAUCAUUGGCAGCUUCAUCAAGAUUGGAAUUGAAUCCAAGAAUUUAGCAUCAUAUGAUUCAUGCGCAAUCCUGCUGGGAACGUCCACUCUGCUGGUGUGGGUGGGAGUCAUUCGCUAUCUCAGCUUCUUUCAGAAAUACAAUAUCUUGAUUGUGACACUCAGAGCUGCCUUUCCUAAUGUUAUCCGCUUCUGUUGCUGUGCGGCUGCCAUAUAUUUGGGAUACUGCUUCUGUGGAUGGAUAGUUCUGGGGCCAUAUCAUACGAAGUUUCGCUCCCUGCCCAUGGUGUCAGAAUGCCUCUUUUCUCUGAUCAACGGAGAUGACAUGUUUGUGACGUUUGCUGAGAUGGAGCAGACUGGCACACUUGUGUGGAUCUUCAGCCAGGUCUACCUUUACACCUUCAUCUCCCUCUUCAUCUAUAUGGUGCUGUCACUGUUCAUCGCACUCAUCACCGGAGCCUAUGACACCAUUAUGGCCCAAACACAGGAGCAGGUACGCAUCACAGAUCUUCACGCAUUCAUCGCUGAGUGCACAGACACACCUAGCUCUGGGAAGUUCCGCAGUCCUGAAGGGUCAUCAUGCUCCUUUCUCUGCUGCUGUGAUUGGACAAUUCUUCAUUCAGUCAAAUGUACCAUAUUUUCACCACAUUUCCACCUGACUGCAGCUGCACACCUUUUUGCAGAGUCCCAGCAGGGAGGAUGAUGAUGCCUGUGCAGAGAACUGACUGACCUUGAACCACUCUGUCCCCUGUCUUCCUGUGUUUGAAUUUGGAUUCCUAAUCCUGCUCUUACAGUAGGACUUUCCGGACAGACUUCAGCCAAAUUACCUGCUUUGGUCUUUGUUCUGUGUGAAUAAUUCAUUGUUUUCCUAUGAAAUUGGUUAUGCCAGUAAACAGCUAUUGCUUAAACUGUAAAAUAACAUCACUGUUUACUUGAAGUAAUUAUUAAUUCUCAUUUUAAAGUAGGUAUCGUUUUUUGUUUUGCCUGGUGAUGAUGUUGGUGUAUUUUAAAUGUUCCUAGCAGUAGACUGGACACCAAAAGACCAACACCUGACUUGUGUAUAUAGUGUACUGUAUCUCUGCAUGCAUUGCCUUUUGUUACAUUUACAGUCAAGGCUGUUCCUUCAUACUCUGUUUGACUCUUCCCCCCUUUGUUCUUGUCCUCCCUUGGUUGAAAAUAUUUGAUGGCUGGACGUGCAAGGACGAGCCCUGCAGCCAACCAAUUAUUCAUCAAUAUGUAUGAACUGUAAAAAGACUGCACACCAAUGCACUGAGCAAUGAGGCAUUUCUUACUAUAUGCUUUUAGAGUAUUGCAUGCAGGUUGGUGACUUUUCUGCAGCAAAUGAGCAGUGUGGUUUACUGUUUUUUUUUUAUAUUUCAAAGUACAUUUGUCAAAGUCUAACACUUUAGGCCAGGUUUAUGUUAAAUUUUAAGUGUCCGACAAUGUCUGUAGGCUGACAUUGAAGCCAUUUGAGAAAGGGUAAUUGCUCAUUUAUUUUAUCUGAUUUAAGGGCACAUGUACAAACCGGUACUUCUUAAACCAUGUGAAAGGGCACAAUUGUUCAGAAGAUAACAUAAUGAAAUGUUAAUGUCAUUAUAGUUUGCUGUGUGAAGGACACUUUUCAAUGGAUAAAAUUGGUCUCCACUUAAAAGGUAAAAGGGAAUUUAAUUAUUUUUCUCUCACUUGAUUCCUUUUAAAGUCACGCAAGUUAAUAUUUAUGUGCACUGAUUUGCACUUUAGAAUUACUGAUUUACCGCUUAACUUGCUGAAAUGGCUCACACUAGAGCUAAAGUGCACACUGUGUUGUAUAGGAUUGUUUACAGUUACUAGUGCAUGGGUUCUGACAGCUCUGGGAAAUUUAUUUAAUGGUACUUAAAUUUACUGGUAAAAGAUGUUGGGUUGUCUUAGCUCCUAGUUUGUUGGUCUCUGUAAAGAACGGCCUUGUAAAGCUAUUUACUUGUUGUAUUGUUCUAAAUAUUGAAUAUUCUUUGUAAAGAAUGGUGGCUCAUACCCAUUGGGAAAUUAAACUAAUGACACUGAAAAGGGCCACAAAAAAAAAGCAAUCCUGACCAGUCUCAUGAUAUCAAGUUCUUGUUUGCAUGUGAGUUAUUUCCUAUAGAAAACACGCUGUAUACAUCCGACUCACUGUGUGACCAGUUGUAGAAAGAACAAAAGCAGUCUCUUGUGUGUUGGCGAAAGUUGCAAUUAUGUCUGUAUCAGAUGUCCUGGAAAUUGAUUCUUACACUGCAUAUGUAUUCAUAUAUCUCACGGGAAAAGAAAAUACUUUAAUUAGUCUCGAAUGUACUAGGAAUAAUGAUUCCGUUAUGCAGAACAGUUCUGCCGUUCUCUUAAAACUUUAACCUGCUGGUGAUGUAAGUGGAUCAACUAAUUUUUUUUCUUGCUCUCUUCGUGCAGUGGAUGCCGAAAACAAAUAUUGAUUAGUCUAUUGCUGUUACUAUCAUAUUUCUUCAGAUAAUUGCGCAAAGGUGUUUACUUAGUCAACUGCACAGCGUACCAGGUAUCUGUUCUGUUUACCUUUACACAUAUGGGGGUAUCACAUGUCAUUGUAAAGGUAUUGUAAUUACAGCCACCUCAUGUUACCACUUGUAUUUGUUUUACAAAGGAGGGGUAGAUAUGUGGAUCAAGAACCUGGCAAUUAUUUGUGGCAUGCUGCCUGGUAGCGCUUGGGAAAUCCAUGUUUGAAAAGGCAAAAAAGUUACCUAUAAGUAGGUAGGCGCAUCAUUGCAUAUUACUUAAAGUGAAAUGUGGUCUGUAAUUAUGUAUACUUUGAUAAAGUAUAUCUUCAUACAUUGAUCCUGGCAUCCAGACCAAGAGCUCAGGAGGAUUUGUGCUUGAGUUACCCUGCAACACACCAUACUAGGUUUAAUAGGUAGCAGAUCGUUUGGGAUGGGCUGGUGCUGUCGGGGUCCACCACCACGACAGAGAGAAUGCUAGCUCUGUCUGGAGCCAACAGCCAUGUUCAAAUCUCAUGCUCAGAACUAGAAACAAAAGGGAUGAGACAUUAAGAAGUUCCUGACAUUGUAAAAGA